GUUGAUAUCUGGUUUUCUCAAAUCUCCACACUUUCAAGCCUAAAACGCCUGUUUACCCGUCAGUAUAAUGGACACCCUAUCAGAACACUUUCCCGUCUAAUCUCAACCCAAUGGAACUACCUCCUCGCUCUCUUAUCCUAUUACCUCCGGAAACUAUAAAUUGCAUAUGUGAUUCACUCAACGGCAGCGAUCGGGCCUCGUUUGCGCAAACCUGCCGCCCAUUAAACAAGUUGGUGACGCCAAGAAUAUACCAGAACAUUUUGGUAGUCGACCAGAAGUACUCCACAGGCACAGAGUAUGAUUGGAGUUUGGUGAAAGUCAGUGAGAGCCCCGGCAAGCUUCAAGUUAAGGAUCAAUUUGAGCUUUUUUUGCUCACACUCCAACCCCGGUUGCAUUUAUUAGGAUACAUUGAAAGAUUCGAGAUACUCAACUGCAUGAGCGUACGUGUGCGGUUGUAUCUCUCUCGAAUGAUAUCCACCUGGGGAAAGCAUAUGGUGCACUUGAAGUCUUUCCGGUGGCAUGGAUCGUCUAGUUCUCUGGAUUACACCAACAGAGACAAGAUGGUGCUCUAUGACGUCGUUGGAAAGGCCUUUCCUGGUUUAAUGGUCCACUACAGAUGGGAUAGUUUAUGCGAAUUCAUGAAGAAUGCUGUGCAAGAGGGGAGAAAGGACUUGAAAUUGGACUUGUUCUUACCUUCUGAGAUCUCGAAAUUGAAGCUGUGUCCAGAUCUCAUGCGCAAUCUUCACUUGGACUCUCCUCGGUUUAACUCCCUAGAGAUCUACUCUCAGCCCAAAAUUGGACUCGAAAUACUCGAUGCCCUCACGUCUUUAAGCCCCAGUAGACAGGUUACAGUGCAUAGGUUGGUUCUCAAUCAUUUCCACGGCGGUUUCAAUCCCGUAGCAGAUCUCUUCCAGGCAGAAUUACAAGAAGAGACCUAUCCCUUACGCGGUUUGUUGAGUGAAACAGUGUGUCGUGACUCCCUUAAAGAGCUAGAUCUAUAUGUUGGAUGCCAGUACGCUUCCUGCCCCUGCAUCGAAAGGUUUAUGGUCGAUCUUGUACACUUUCAUCGUCUAGAAAGGUUUGCUUUACGGUUGGAUAGCCGGACUGUACCAAGGACACUGAGCCGUUUAUGGGUGUCAAUCAAAGCGGCUAUAGAAGCUAAUCGUAGAUGUUUGAAAUAUGUCUACCUUGAUCUAUCAGCCAGUGAAAAUCCCCGCUCAUCCCUCCAGACCACCUUUGAAGAAGACAAUGAUUUUAUGAUUGGUGUAGUGCCUCAAGAUAGAAUCUCUACCACAGUAGAUGAGUUUGACCUUCUCGGAUUCCCCAACCUUGAAACAUUGAUCGUCAAUGACUUCUUGGAACGGUUCAUUUUGCCUGGCUUCCAGGGCUGGAAACUCACCUCAUUGUACAAGUACAACAGUAAGACCUCAGACGCUCCCAUUCAACUCUGGAAAUCCUUAGAGGCACAUUUCCUAAGCAUGUCCCAGCGUAAUUUGCGGGGCUGGAUUAAAGAUGCAUCUGUUUCUGAUGUCGACUACACGAUAACCUCGAUGGUUUUAAGCGUGCUCGAAGACUUUCAAGCCGCUAUGCGAAAGAUGAACGGAGCUGCCUCCACCCUCCCAAUGUUAGAUAUUGAGAACUAUCCAACCCAAGACGAUGCUACUCGUGAAUAUGUGGAUGCGUACAAGCACAUCUUCCGGAUCUCGAAAUAUGUACCGGGCAGUAAAAGACCAAAGUAUCAGGAUAUUUUCACUACCAUUGUAUCGCUCUGUUUGGUACCAUUUCAUGAGUCUCUCCAGGACUUGAUCAAGCUGCCCUGCUUAAAAAGUAUUGUGUUAAACGGUAUCCAUCUUGAGGUGGUUGAAAUAUCUGGCUACAGAACUUAUAGAUUAGUGAAAUAAUAUAUUUUACAAGGUGGUA